GUGACUUUUUCUUCGAUUGAAAAUAUAUAUUUUGAUUGAAGCAACUUUUUUUUUUUUUUUAUUGAAUAAUAAACACACAAAUCUACCUCCAUAUUUUCUUACGCGCACACACCACACAUCCUAUUUCUCACGGGGAAAAAUUUUGGUCACCCCCAACAAAAUCUCACUCCUACGUUUUUCUAAAACUUGGUAGCUCUGUAAAUGAUGACAUUAUCCAGUCAUUUUUGGAAAACAAUUUUUGGGUUCCCAAGUGUCUCAACUGCAACAAUUCAAACAUCAUUAAAACUGUACGUUUUACAACCAUCCUUUUCUUUAAAAAAACACCGCAUGUUAUAAACUGAAUUACGUGCAAGUCUAGACGUUCUGGAACUUUGAGCACAGAACUCAGCCGUAUGUAUGUGCACGCGCAUGCGCGCGCACGUGUUCCACUGAUGUUGGGAAAACGAAAGUAAAGGAGGAAACGCCACUCGGCUGAUAGAAAAGUGCGUACACGGCAGCUUGCAUUUGCCAUUCGAGCAUAACGGAGCGCGGUGAGAACACUGGUGACAUCUCUUUUAAAAUUGUCGUCUACUUACUGCUGGGUGAUGUUAGCAUAAAUGGACGCUUUACACUUCCUGGCCAGAUUUAGCUUUCUACAACUGAACAAGUAUCAGUUUUGAAAUACUGAAAGGACAAAUAGGAUGAACAGGGAUAACCAAAAACUUUUUGGAGGAAGAGGAGGAAACCGUGGAGGCCUACAGAAUAGGGGCAGUACAUUUCGUGGAAUGAGUCUCGGUCGACGACAGGUGGAGGGAGGAAGUCGUGGUGCGCUUGAAGUCGUGGAGAAUGAAAAGCGAGGAGGAGGAGAUCUGUGGCUCGAAGGAGUGCUGAGGGGGAUAGGCAGAAACAAUUUGAUGGGACUUGGAGAUGGCGGGAGAGGAGCAGUGAGGAAGAGCGGGAAUCAAGGAGGCAGCGAAAGGCAAAGACAUCUUCCUAUGCCCAAAGCUGGCGUUGGUGGUAGUCAAAGUUGUACUGCAGGGAGUUCGUAUUCCAGAAACAGCGAUUCCACUCUGUUUGGUUCUAGAGGUGCAACUGGGAUAGGACAAUGUGCAGGGGCAGAAGGAAGAAGACACGACAGUGGUGAAAGCCAAAGUCAUAAUAGAUUGGGUUUCACCAGCAGAGACUCCUCGCCAUGGGGUCCUCAAGGUGCCAGAGGGACAGGACGUCAUAACGGAGGCAGUGGAAGAAGGGGUGGGAACAGAGAGAGUUCCACAAGCAGAGAUGGUGUCCCUAUGGGUUGUCAAGAUACUGACAGGAAAGGACAUCAACGGGGUAGGGAAAGACAAGACAACAGAAGAAGAGAUGGCAACGAUGAUUGGCAGAGAGGAAAACGAGGGAGCUCCACAAGCGGAGGCGGUGGGCCGCGUGGUCCUCAACUGGGCUUUAUAUCCCUUCAAGAGCUUUCUGAAAAGGAGCCAUCUGUUGUGGCUCUCACCCUCUCUUCUCACCCAGCCCUGCCGGGCUUGCUUCAGCAGACCGGCAAGAGUCGGGAAUUUGUGGAACUCCUCUGCCUGGUGCUCAGCAAAGCCUUCAAUUCUCGCUCAAACCGAGUCACCCUACAGCGCCUGGCUAGAAUUUUGAAAGACUCCAACUUCUUUCGCAUGACUCUCCCCCACUACCUGGCAGGCAUGAGGUUAGAGUCCAUCCCAGACCACAGAACAGUAUUCCCACAGCCACUGAAAAACAUUGUAUUGAUUCUUAAACAGGUCCUCUCCAACUUUCCCGCUAGCUCGGUCGAAACUGGCGGCUUGCUCCUGACGCUGCUGCAAACCUCCAUUGACAGACUAAGAACAGCAGGAGUUAACAUAGCAGACGAGCUGAUGAAAAACAUGGGAAAGCUCCAGGCUAUGGUUGAGCACUUCGAAGAGAAGUCUCGGGAAGGAACUCUCAACCCAAGAAGAGACAACUAUGGGCUAGAGUUAAAUUUUUCAGAUGAAGAGGACGAACAACCAGCUUUCAGGACCACCCCCAUAUACCCGGCUGCUGAGGAGUUCUCAGAGGACUACAGGCCCUUUCUCAGACCGAAUAAUACUUCAAAGCGAUAUACUAACACCCUGAUCUACCUGGACACACAUUUCAGGCUCAUGAGGGAGGACUUGGUACGGCGACUCCGGGAAGGGAUACAGCAGUUGCAUCAGGUGCAAACGGAGGCAGACAAUACAGAUCUGAAAACAAAGCACUUUGAUGACAUCCUCGUGUAUUUUGAUGUGAAACUGGAGUCUCCUAAGUGCAUGCUGACUGGUCUUGCACAUGUUAUCCAGUUCGAUGUUCAGCCCUUAAAGUUUGUGCGUUGGGAAAACUCCAAGAGAUUACUCUUUGGUUCUCUGGUUUGCCUUUCCUCCGAUAAUUUUGCGAGCUUUCUGUACGCCACUGUGGCAGACCGGAACCCCAAGGAUCUUACCAAGGGGAAGGUUACUAUUAUGUUCACUGAAGACAGCAGAUCCAAGUUGGCCAGAAUGGAGGACGAACAGGUUUUUGUGAUGGUUGAGACCCCUGCCUACUUUGAGGCCUAUCGCUAUGUUCUCGAAGGCCUGCAAGAACAAGAUGAAAAUAACAUGCCCUUUCAGAGGUAUAUUGUGGAGUGUGCCACAGAUGUAUGGGCACCUGCAUAUCUGAGAAGAAGUGACAUUUACAAUCUUUCAUCCAUUGCUGAUGAUAUCUACAAGGCGUGUAUCCGACCAUUUCACUCCCUGAAUGACAACGCCUGGCCUCAAAAAGAGGUGUUCAGUUUGGAUGAGUCCCAAAUGAAAGCCCUCCAACUGGCUCUGACAAAGGAGCUGGCCAUUAUACAGGGACCCCCUGGAACUGGAAAAACUCAUGUCGGUUUAAAGAUAGCAAAGGCUAUUCUGAAAAACGAAGAUCUCUGGAAAGAUCCAGGGAGGAAUUCUCCAAUUCUGGUUGUUUGUUACACUAACCAUGCAUUGGAUCAGUUCCUCGAGGGGAUCUUCAAGUUCAUGCAUUCAGGCAUCGUGAGAGUGGGGGGCCGCAGCAACAGUGAGAUCCUGAAGCCUUUCAAUCUGAGGGAGCUGGUCACUUUACCCAAGUUCAAACAGAAACGGCCAUCUUACCUUAAUCAAGGAUUCAAAGAUAUUCGCACUGAGUUAAAUUUUUUGGAAGAUGAGAUUAAAAACCAUACCCGGAAACUUCAAUGCACUUUAAUGGGUGUCCUGAAUGACAGAAUCCUCCAGAAAUUCAUGAAGGAAAGCCACUGGGCCAGUCUGCACAAACCAAUUGACCUCGGAAUGUGGUUUGGCAAGUCCAGUUUAUUGAUGGAGUGGUUAGGUUUGACUCCCGGCAGCGUCCAGCAGAUGGAGACUGAGGACGGGAAUGGGAAUGAAGAUGAGGAAGUAACAGGGAUGCAGCAGGACGAGGAGGUCAUUGAAAUUGCAGAGGAGGCUGAACUGAUCCAGGCCGAACGCAUCGUCGAGGACGAAAUUGACUUGGGACGUCGCAAGGACCCCAAAAAGGAACGUGAAAUGGAGGAGGCAGCCCUGAAACUGAUGCAGAGAGAAAUGCUGGCGAGCGUAGAUCAGGACGACAAAACUUCUGAGCAGACUCCAGAAGAAUGGAUGUUUCAAAGCAAACAGAAGAAGAAGUUGAAGCGCAAAGUCAUGAAAGAGGUGGCCAAAAAGACGGUGAUGCGUGAAGAACAGGAGCAGUUGAUCUUGGAUCUUUGGCAACUUGACAUGGAGGCCAGAUGGAACCUUUAUCGGUUGUGGAUGAAACGCUACAGAGCUGACAUUCGUGACGAAUUGGUCAUUUCCCAGGAGUUAUACCAACAGGAAGCGGAUCGAUAUGCUGAAAUCAAACGUCAGGAGACUCUUUUGGUCCUCCAAAACGCCAAGGUCAUCGGCAUGACAACAACAGGGGCAGCCAAAUACCGGAAGGCCCUACAAGAAGUACAACCCCAUGUGGUGAUUGUAGAAGAGGCGGCAGAGGUUCUGGAGGCCCACAUUGUCACUGCGCUGAGUCAAGAAUGUCAGCACCUCAUUCUCAUAGGAGACCACCAGCAGCUACGCCCCAGUUCCACAGAGUAUGAUUUGGAGAAGAAUUACAAAAUGGGGGUGUCCAUGUUUGAGAGGCUGGUCAAUAUGGGACUUCCAUUUGUCAGGCUCAACCAACAGCAUCGAAUGAGGCCAGAAAUCGCCAGCCUGUUGACGCCGCACAUUUACGAAGACCUGCAAAACCAUCCCUCUGUGUUGAACUUUGACAACAUUAAGGGUUUGAAAACCAAUUUGUUCUUUGUGGAGCACAACCAACUGGAAAAACAGUUCAAGGAGGGAAAAAGCCAUCAGAACCAACACGAGGCCACAUUUGUCGUCGCCCUUUGCCGUUACCUUCUACUUCAAGAGUACAAACCUGAGCAGAUUACCAUCCUAACGACAUACACAGCCCAGUUCCAAUGUCUGCGCAAACUCAUGCCUGCCGCACAAUUCUCAGGCGUCCGAGUGCACGUAGUGGAUAAGUACCAAGGAGAAGAGAACGACAUCAUCUUGUUGUCUUUGGUGCGUAGCAACACGCAGGGUAGAGUGGGCUUCCUCAACAUCUCCAACCGCGUCUGCGUGGCUUUAUCUCGGGCAAAGAAAGGUCUCUACUGUAUCGGCAACAGUGAAAUGCUAGGCCAGGUGCAGCUAUGGCACAACAUCUUCAGCACUUUAAAGGAGAAGGAUCAGAUCGGGCCCUCCCUAACUCUGUGCUGCCCAAAUCACCCGGAACGGAAGAUCCAAGCCUUUCGUGCAGAAGAUUUCAAGGAGGCUCCCGAAGGUGGCUGCACCCAACCUUGCGAGUUCCGUUUAGACUGCGGCCACGUGUGCGCGAGCGUCUGCCACGCCUACGACAAGGAGCACGAACAAUACAAGUGUCUUAAGGACUGCACGAAAAUUCUAUGCGAUUUAGGACACAAAUGCCCACAAUCCUGUUAUCAAGAUUGUCCGGAGGAAUGCCCAAUCAAGAUUGAAAAGACCAUACCUAUGUGUGGGCACAAACAAAUGGUUCCCUGUUUCCAGGACCCGAGCACAUUUUUGUGCAAAAUGCAAUGCCAGAAAACGCUCCAGUGCGGACAUCCCUGUACAUCAUGGUGCAGCAUGCCAUGCACCAGCAAGUGCAUCGUCAGUGUCACGCUCCAACUAAGAUGUGGUCAUAGGCAGGAGGGUGCUUGUUUCUACCAAACCGUAGAUGACGUAGAUGACGAGCCUCUGUGUAAGACCCCGUGCAAGCAGCAGCUUGAAUGCGGCCACGCCUGUCGUGGAACCUGCAGCCGAUGUUACAACGGUCGCUUCCAUUUGGCCUGUUCUUACAAGUGCGAUCGUCUCCUGAUAUGUUCCCAUAAGUGCACGGGGAACUGCAACCGUGACUGUCCGCCCUGUCAGAAGCCCUGUGAGAACUGCUGCGUCCACAGCAAGUGCAUGAAGAAGUGCGGGGAACUCUGCUCGCCGUGCAACGAGCCUUGCGCAUGUCAAUGCCCUCACCAAAGCUGCGGCAAGCUAUGCCACGAGCCGUGCGAUCGGCCGCCGUGCACCCAGCCCUGCGCCCUGACCCUGGAUUGCGGCCACCCGUGUAUCGGCUUGUGUGGAGACAAAUGUCCCAGCGAAUGCCGCGUCUGUGACGAAGACAAAGUCACGGAGAUUUUCUUUGGCACGGAGGACGACCCCGAGGCUCGCUUUAUCCGGCUGGAAGACUGCGGCCACAUUAUCGAGCACGAGUCCAUGGAUGCUUACAUGAGCAUGGAUGAUGACCAACAGGCCGACCGGGAAGGGCAGAUGGCCAUAAAACUAAAGGAGUGUCCAAAGUGUCGAACUCCUAUUCGCAAGAACCUACGCUACGGAGCUCACGUUAACAAAAGUCUGGCGGCAAUAGAGAUGGUCAAGAAAAAGAUCAACGGGGAUCAGGUGAACGUGAAAAAGCGCAGUGAGGAGCUCAAGUUGCCGUUGAUGAGCCUUUUACAGGAAGGUAUGCUUUUCGAAGCGCAAUACCUGGAAAUGGAACGUGUGCUGAAAAGCAAACAAAUCACGGCGCUUGAUAUAUGGGUCAUAGAAAACAAGGUGAACUUCAUUACAAGGAUUCAGAAACUACGGAAGGUCGUGAAAGAUCAAGUCGUAGACUUCAGAGUGAUGACAGAUACUUUCCUGUCGUGGGUUAAUAACCCUUUCCAGAAAUUCACCGAGCAGCAGCUGUUUGAUUUGCAACGGGAGCUGCAGAGGCUCACGCUCUGGGCGGAAUUCAUCGUUCUUUCGAGCAAAGCGGCCAUGCUCCGCAAAAGUAACAUAAUCGAAACCGAGAAGCAAAUAGCGGAUGAAGGGCUGAAAAAGCACGGCCAGUUUACCGAGCGCGACCAACGAGCGGUCACCGAGGCUUUGGGGGUGAUGAAGCAAAAAGUUCCCGUUACCGGUUUAGGGAUCAGCGACGAGGAGAGAAAGAUGAUCGUCUCGGCUAUGAAUAUGCGCUCGGGACAUUGGUACAAAUGUCCCAACGGUCACGUCUACCUUAUCACGGAGUGCGGCGGGGCUAUGGAGGCCCGACGCUGCCCUGAUUGCAAUGCCACCAUCGGCGGGCAAAGCCACAGGCUGGCCAGCGGCAACGCAGUCGCAACUGAGAUGGACGGGGCACGACACGCCGCUUGGUCCGAAGCUAAUAACCUGCUUAACUUCGGAAAUCUUAACCUUGACUGAGCUAACACGCAGUGCUCGUAGCUAAAAUUCUUUAAAUAUGCAUGGGCCCAUUUGCCAGUUUGUUUUUUCGCAUAUGUAACGUUAGUGGAGUGCUUUAAAUGAUGCUUUCUGCACAGUUCAUCCUUCACACUUAAUCAAUACAACUGAUGCUUGUAGACUGUAGACUUCGUAUAAUAAAUGGUGUUACUGUUG